CGUUCAUCAUCAUCACACACCCAAAUCCUAAAAACUCCACUUUCACAAAGAUCUCAUUUCAAAAUGAACCCCACAAUCACCUUUCUCUUCUUCUUCACCCUUCUUCUCAUACCUUCACCCUCCUUCGCAACCCGACCCGCAUCCAGCCCUAAUCAAGUCAAGUACUCCAAAGACACCAACAACAACAACCAAGGUGGUGCUUUCGGUGGUGCAGCUGGUCCAGGUGGCUUCUUUGGCCCCGGUGGGGGCUUCAGCAUACCCGGAUUCGGAAGCGGCUUUGGUAACGGCAUGGGAGGAGGGUACGGAUCCGGGUAUGGAGGUCCGAAUGGAGGCUCCUCUAAAGGUGGUAUCAUAAGACCAUCCGUUGUGUGCAAAGACCGGGGCCCUUGUUUCCAGAAGAAGGUCACGUGUCCGGCCAAGUGCUUCUCCUCCUUCAGCCGCUCCGGCAAGGGCUACGGCGGCGGCGGAGGCGGCGGUGGCUGUACCAUGGACUGCAAAAAGAAAUGCAUCGCUUAUUGCUAAGCCCAUUAAUUAAGCACAAUAAUACGUAGGUAACACUUAUUAUCGCUUCUACUACUAUGUUAUCGCAAUAUAUGCAAUCAAACUUAGAGUUUAAUAGUGACGUAGAACCGGUGUGCAACGAUUUUACACUACUCGAUCAAUCACAAAUCAUAUUUUAAUAUAGAUUUGAAGCAUGGAAAUGAACUUGUGAUUGGAUGGUAAUGUGAAAUUGUUUUAGUAAAUGGUGAUGUUGAUCAUCAUUUAAGAUGAUAUAAAUAAAUGAGAAGUUGAUACAUAUCUAUGUAGGUGGUGGUUGAAGUUGGUUUUGAUUAUUAUGUAUGGAUGGAAAAUAUAUUACGAGACAGUGCUUGGUGGAUGAAA